UUAACUACAUGCUGCUGACCUCAGAUAUGACUAAGCAUGUCCCAGACGCCUCUCGACAUCAAAAAAAUACGAAAAAAGCUCCGAGGCCGCAUCUCGCCUAUCCCCAUCCCAACUUUUGGGUCUUUCCGUGUUUCUUGUAUUUCCCAUAGCUUCUAUUAUACAUAGUCUUCUCUUCCAUACAAUUCCUUAACCAACAUUUCUACGGUCCAUAGACAAAAAACAGAGCUGGCAAAGGAAGGCAAAAAGUUGCUUGUGUUUCAUCUUUCUUUUGUCCCUUUGCUUUAUUUAGUUGAUCCAUUAGCUACCCUGCCCGCCGCGCCAGUUAUCGACCACUAUAUACUCCCUCCCCCUAGCCUAUCGAUCCGCGCCGUCCUCUCUUCCCCCCCCAUAUAAGGACGAAACAAGAUCGGCAUUUCGCGUCAAACCAUCUCAUCAGUCGUUUGCCACUGCAAAUUCCUGCAAUGGUCUCGCGAAAACGUGCCAGGGAGGAGGCGGAGGAGCAGCAAAGUACCCGCGUUGACGCUAAAAGGAGCGAGCGGCUGCCGUCUUCGUCGUUGCAAGAUGGGCAGGAACCUGGCCUGCUUCACCAACUGCGCAACAUGUGGGAGUUCUCGAAUCUCAUGCAGUAUAUUUACACCUUUGGGAGGGUGGUGAAGAUUACGGAUGACAUUGAUAUAGAUGGACUGGAAAACGAGUGUCUCAAGCCUGGGCCUUCAGCGAAACUUCUCGAUAUCGGCCUAGCUCUGCUGAAAUUUGUCUCGUCCCAUCGCGGACUCACAUUGGAAAACUUCGAAGAGUAUACGAGGAGGCAGUACCUAGCGAAAGCACCCUCCCGGAACCCGUUCGGUGACGCGGAACAGCCGAUAAAGUUUAAUGAUCUAGAUAUUUUCCAGCGGAUACGUAUCUUGCAGCAAUUAUCGGUAUGGACCUUUUGGAAUCCAGAUCGCAUGCGCGAACGGAUGCCGGAGCAGAAGGAAAUGGAGCAGGUUCAAUGGCGCGUGGAUGAAAUUGGAUAUGAUCGCGACGAGCGACUUUACUACGUGCUGGACGACAAUAGACUAUAUCGUCGAACCGACCCUCCUAUUCCCGCAGCGCGAGCCGCGAAACCAAAGGCCAACAGCAAAAGAGGGAGGGCACUAGCACGUGCUGCAAGGAAACGAAAGCUUUCAGGGCUGCAGGAUGAGGAAGACGAAGAAUCCAAAAAUGAAACAAGUGGUGUCGCCAGGCAGGAUUCCUCGUCGGGUGGCUAUAAAUGGGAAUGCGUUGCGAUCACUCUUGCUCAGUAUAACGCCUUCCUGGAUACGAUUAGAAAGUCGAAAGAUCCCAAUGAAGAAUUCCUUCGUGAACAGCUUAUGGAGAAUGUCAUCCCCGUCAUUGAGAAAGUGGAGGAAGCUCACCGGAGGAAAAUUGAGCGAAGAGAGAAGGAACUCCUUAACAUGCAGCUUAUGGCCAAUGCUAAGCGCUCUAGCCGAAUUGCAGGCAAGCAAGAAAGGGAGCGUCAGGAAAUGGAGGCAGCCGAGGCAGCACGCAAACGAGAAGCUGAGCGGAUCGCGGAGCUUAAGGAGAUAGAGAAACAGAAGAAGAUUGAGAAGGAGCGUUUGUAUCGAAUGAUGACGCGUGAACAGCGUCUUAAGGACCGCGAGGAGAAACGGAGACAGCACGAGGAGGAGCUGGCUAAGAUAGGCGAGGAAGCGCAGAAGAUUGAGAGUGGCGAGUCGAGGAUGUCUGAGAGGCAAUUGAAAGCUGAGAUGGAAAAGCGCAAGAAGGACCUCGAGGCUUUGCAAAAUGAGGAGCAGUGGAUUUUUGAUUGUUCAGGCUGUGGCGUGCAUGGGGAGAAUCUUGAUGAUGGCUCCCAUAUUGUCGCUUGCGAGAAAUGCAAUGUUUGGCAACAUAUCAAAUGCCUGGGAAUCGCGCAGGAUGAAGCUGAAAAAGACGAUUUCCAUUUCGUAUGCCGUGACUGCAAGCGACGCAUCGCGGAGGCGAAUCUCCCUAAAAUCCCACCGCUAAAGUUUCGCGUUGGUGUAUCGUCCUCUCCGCCGUCUAGUAGUAAGCCAAAGGCCAAUGGCGAGAAACGUAAGAGACAGGAUACCUCUACCUCACCUUCAGCCAAGAAAACCAAACGCCCAUCUACCUCUCCUGGACAGCUGCCUGCGACUCUGCCUCGGACUCGGAUGGAUCCCUUAACGAACGGCUAUCCUUCCUCUCUCAACCAGGGACCGCUUCUACCACCCCCUCAAGCCAACACUCUACAGCCCGGCCAGCAAGCGUUACCGCCAUCCCCACAACGUCCACCUCCGCAAUCCAUACAGAAUGGUUUCUACCGUCUACCGCCUGUUCCUCAGCCGGUUUCAAAUCAUCUACCUCAAUCAAACUCAACAUUGGCUCCAUCCCCUUUCCCUCCAUCUAAUAUACCGUCAAGUGGCCUACCGCGACACCAACAAGCUCCUGGCCCUGCUCCGCAAUUUCUUCAUUACCAACCCCCUGGGCAGCAUACCGUCUCAAAAACAAGCCCCUUCUCCUCUCAGCAUCCCUCAUCAACUUCGACCCAGGGAGGCACCGGUCGCUUCAUCUCCCCCAUCCAGAACCCCCCCACCAUAUCCCCAACCCAAGGAAACAGAGACGUUGGCCCUCUAGCCGGCUUCCCACCUUCCUCCACGAUUCCAAACAUCGGCCCUCCACUCCCCGUCGCCGCCUCGCCACAUGUGAAUAAUAACGAUUUUCAAUCCCACACGCACACUACCUCCACCUCUCCCUACUCCACAACACAACCUGCAUCUCGCCCCUCCCACUCCACAGCCACAACCACAAACGCCAUCGUCACGCCAUCCCGAGACACCUUCACCCAUACCUCUCCCCCUCCCCAACACCAAUAUCACUCCCAAACCGCCCCUCCCACUUCAGGCUUAAGUCCCACAAAACAGCCCCCAGCACAUCCGCAACCACCGCUCCCAACCACGACCACGACCACCUCCUCCCCCUUCUCCUCCUUCCGUACCUCCAUAAGUACCACCGCUGCCACACCUACACAACCGCCCAUCCUACCACCCGUUCAAAGACUCGAACCCAGUCCCAAGCUGAUGGGCAGAGCAUCGCCCGACGCCCCCAUCCGUGCCCCUGUCAAGAGCAUGACGCCUGAACAGGAGGAUCGGAGGCGGAGGGAGGAUGAACUGGCGGCAGCGGCGGUAAGGAACAGUCAGAGUGCUGGGAGUAGUCUGGGGCAGGCCCUGGCUCAGAGAGAGGGAGAGAACCACGUGCCUUCUUCUGAGGUAAAGAGUGAGGCUACAGGCCCUGGGAUCCACCCGCAGGGUAGCUUUCUUGGUCCGCAAUCUUAGCCCCAACGGGAAAGGUAGGAGGAGCAGCAAGGAGCUGGUUCUGCGGCGAUGCAGGCGCAGUCGACGGAAACGGCGGGGGAUAAUCAGUGAGGUGGGUGGACGGCUGCGUCUGGUAGAUAUGGAUAUAAAUAUAUUGAUUGAUACUGCACUGCACAGAAUUCUAGGAUAAGAUUGGAUAGAGGGAAUACCGUCUUCUCCCUGUUUUUGUGCGCGAAACACUUUCCCGUUGUUUCCUGCAUUUCUGUUGCAUCAUGUUGUUUCUUUUCCUCUCCCUCCUCCUCUUCCUUGCUAUUUACUUUGUCUUGAAGAUGGCGCCAUCAGUGUGAAUUUGAGGCGCUUUUAGUAGAAAAAGGACCCUCCGAGGGGAAAUAAUUAGUUGAUCUUGACUCUUGACCUGAGGGGAAUGCGGAUUUCUAUUUUAUUUUGGAUUUCUUUUAUCUUGCUUUUUCAUUUGGUGUCGCAUGUCGCGAUGGAAGAAACCUUAUUUUAUUUUAUAUUUUGGACUAAAAGUUCAAUGUAAAUCAACCUUUUCCCCACCCUUUUACAUUUUCAUUCACAUGCUGCAGGGCAGAAAAGUGAAAAGUGAAAGCAGCAUGCUAGAUAUGAAUACAUCCCGAUACAGAGAAUCUGCCCAUCUCUCUUUCGCCGGCUAUCUACCCAUCGUUCACCCCCCUUUUUGUUGCCGUGAGCGGGGGAGAAACAUCGCUCUCAGGGCCAUUUAUUCACUCACUUCGUGUCUUGAUAUGAUCAUCUCAUGCAAUCGUCUCGUCUCCCUUCCUGCGAUUUUUUCCUCCCCAUAUUCUCUCACUGUUUCCGGGUCCCAUUUUUUUUUUUUUUUUUUUUUUAAUUUUGGUUUGUUUGGAAAUAAUAUAUAUCUACUCUCGACAUUUCUGGAAUGGUUCGGGCCCCUUAAUUACCAGCAAAAAAAGGCUAGGAGUGAUUGAGCUCUUUUGCCCCAGUGUCCUACAUAUGAAAUGUAUACAUUACACCUCAUGUAACGUACAAUCAGUCCAUUUUUCUAGUAAUG